UCCAAAUAAUGUCUCCGUGCUGGCUGUCAUUGUGCAUGAUUUGUAUAUCACGACAUCACGAGGGUUCUGUUAGUUAAACGCAGUCACAGUUUUGUGAGCGAAGAGGAUUUCUAUUGUCUUAGCAAGGUCUUUCGCUGGCGAACAUAUUUCAUCUUUUUCCUCAAUCCGGUCAGUUCACCAUCAUCAAGCCCCAAAAAAUUGGAUCAGUAGGAGAAAGCGCUGAGGCGUGUAAGUCGGGCUUUGUUAACCGAGCUCGAGGAACAACAGAAUUCUCAAAGUGAAGUUAAACUUUCGGUUUUGUACAGCUGAGGUCAUCCUUCGACCCGUAUCUGGUCCCGGACAGCAAUGAGUGACUCGGAACCACCUACGUUUUCAACAGUGGAAGAAGAGAGGGAUUACUGGAAGAAACAAGCUGCCGAGCACCAGCAGAGGGCUGAUGUGGCUCAGGACGAUCUGCAGGAGUUCCAGCAGAUGAGUCGCGACUACGAGGUGGAGCUGGAGACCGAGCUGAAGCAGUGCGAGACGCGCAACCGCGACCUGCUUACGGCCAACAACCGGCUUCGGAUGGAGCUCGAGGGCUAUAAGGAGAAGUACGAGAUGCAGCACUCUGAAGCCUGCAGACAGAUUGCCUCUCUGGAGGGAGAACUGGCAGAGACCACUGCCAUCAAAGACCAGCUGCAGAAGUACAUCCGGGAGCUAGAGCAGGCCAAUGAUGACCUGGAGAGAGCCAAGAGGGCCACCAUUAUGUCUCUUGAGGACUUUGAGCAGAGGAUGAAUCAUGUGAUCGAGAGAAAUGCUUUCUUGGAGAGCGAGCUGGACGAAAAGGAAAACCUGCUGGAGUCCGUUCAGAGGCUCAAGGACGAAGCUCGGGAUCUGAGGCAAGAGCUGGCUGUCAAACAGAAGCAGGAGCGGAAGCCAUCUCUCAGCCUCUCUGUGGAUGGAGAGAAGGCAGAGACGACACCUGCACGCACCCUGCCUCCCUAUCUCACUACGCCCAAAAGACCACCAGGCUCUGGGAGUGCUUUCAACACACCCCCUUCAUCCUACAGCAGGAUUGAUGGUCUUACUGGGACUCCACUGACCACCUCUGCUCGGAUAUCUGCCCUCAACAUUGUGGGGGAGUUGUUGAGGAAAGUGGGGAACUUGGAAUCAAAGCUGGCAUCCUGCCGGGAGCUGCACAUACAGCAGAGGACACCAGGCCGUCUGAUGAGUGCACAGACCACACCUAGAGAGGUGCUGGACAGCCCGUCGGCCAACACCAACGGCCUGUAUGACACAGGGAUGGUGAAGCGCUUGGACUUUGGAAAGGGAUCCAAGAUGGUGGUGUGAAUGGAGGUGUCUCACUUAGAGCCUGCGCUUAGCCUGGCUGUUCCCCCAGUGAUCCCCCACCCCCUCCGGUUCCACAGCCUGGCCGGACUCCUGCACACAGUAUUGCCGUGAAUGUCUCUUAAUGCACAAAAACAGGCUUUGUUUAUUUUCCUUUUCUGUAACGGACUGAAGUGUGAUGUGUCCGCUGUCUCUUGUCCCCUGGCGGCAGGACCAGCAGAACAUCAGGUUCCGUCUGUGGACCAUGUAAUCCUGUGUUUGCUUUAUUACAGCUGUCAGACAGCUGGACCCUUUAUGUUGUGUGUGUGUGUGUGUGUGUGUGUGUGUGUGUGUGUGUGUGUGUGUGUGUGUGUGUGUGUGCUGCAUCUGACUGCUACACUGGUUUCAAACGUCAUGUCUUUUUAGUAUGUUGGGCUGGUUUCCAGGACAUGGAUUAAGACCUUGAUCAAGUCUUAAGACUGCCGUAUAGUGCCAAUGAUGAAUCACCACUGCAGUUUAUUUCUAGUCUAAAGUUUUAGGCUUAAAUUGGGUUUGGGAAACUGGCCCAGUUAGUCCAGCAGCACCCCCCCCCCUUUUGUUUUUUUUUUUGCGUAUGUGCGUGUGCAUCCCUGCAGGAAUUUCUUCAUUCUGUAAAUUGACACCUUUUAAUGUGUCUCCAGAGAGACAAAACUGUUGUCAAAGAACUUACCACUAAACCUCCAUGAAGAAUGUGCAAGAGCAGCUGACCGGCAGCUGUUUGACCAGAGCUGCUCUCCUUACAGCUGCAUCAGGGUGCUUACCACAGAGAUCACCUGUGUUAGAGUGCAGGGUGUAGACCUGCUCCCUGCACCACAGAAGAACUUCCCAGGCUCCACCACGCCAGCACCAGACGGAAAAGGGUAGACUGUUAGCGACCGUUUAUGAACAAGCACAGUAUUGUUACUAACCAUUGGUGUGUUGUGUGAGCAGGGAUGAUGAUUGUUAAAAAAUGUUACAAAUUUGUUGAGGCUUUGGAAAGUUAAGCGCGCGCGUGUGUGUGUGUGUGUGUACGUACGUACACUUUAAAUUGGCUUUGUUGUAUACUCGUAGGCUGGUCUGAGUAACCUUGUUCCAUGUCUGUGACGAAGCUGACUUUGCAGGGCUGCUGGAAAUGUCCUGGGUUACUGUACUGUAGGGCUGUGUGCUACAUCCAUUAGUAGUCAUUAUCGCAAAUACUAGUCUCUGUACCAUAACACUCUAACACAUCGCAACGCUAUUACUGUGGGCUUUCUGAUGUCAUACUCUCCUGAUGAGUAUUCUGUGGAUUAUUGAUAAGUCACAGCACUUGCAUAACCCGAUAAACAGUAAUAAUUUAGGUAAAAAUAAUGGCAGUGUGUCAUUAACAUGCAUCGGGGGUCCAGCAGUGUGCUUUAUUACAUAGCUCAGUAAAAUCACACUAUAUAGCUGUAUAAGUGUAGUAAGAUUUUUAUUUAUUUAUUUUUUUGGUCCAUAAAUUACAGCCCUUCUGCACAGUAAUGGCACCAGAAUUUCUGACCUGAGGACCGAAGUGUAUGUUUUUGUUAGUUUGUUUUUCACUUCUCCAUCUUAUGUCAUGAAUGGGAACUUGUGCCUUAAUUUCUGUAUUCCAAACCGGUUUAGCCUGAGGCACAGUGACAUGCAUGUGGGGCACCUACCAGACCCGAGGAAGCGUUCGGCUACCUCUCCUACCGUUCACAUGCCACCUCUCUGCUUUGACGGGGCCGUCAUCGUGAGAGGAGCCAAAUGAUCAAAUUAGAAACGGCACUUAAUCAGAUGCCUGCCUGUAUUAUCGCUGUCAAGAUAGUCAAGUAUUAAAAAAAAUUUAAAUACUUCAGUGAAGGGUACAAGUGUUUUAUGUUAAAAUUAGACAUGUAAAGUGGAGCUAAUGGUAUUUUGUACUUUCCUUAGAGGUACUAAUGUAGGAGUUAUAUUAGAGAGGUCAAGCACAUAGACUAAAGUGUCUCGGUCAUCUCAGGGGCUCAUGAAAGCAGUAGUUUCACUAAAGACAUCUGUACAGUCCGGAAUGGUUUGGGGUAUUUGCACGUAGAUCAGGUCUGUGGAGGCGCACUGCCCUACAGGCCCUGUGUGCGCCACGGUAAAUGCUGUACAUGCUUCCCUACGUCCCUGCUGAACGGCAGAUGUUCCAUAUGCAAAUAUGCAGAAUAAACGCACCAGGAGAGAUAA